AACAGGGAACAAAUACCAGAGAGAGACAGCGUGUAACCGAUAACUUGCCAAAAUCAGAUGAGACGGCCGCCGCGACAGAGAAAAAAGGCAAGAACGGUACGACAGGGACAGAAGCUGACAAGAAUACAUCCACAGAAAAUACGGAUAAGAAAUACGAAAAUCCUUUCACGACUACGACGACCAGUACGACUACAACAAAGGCACCAACCACCACCACGACAACCACUACAACACAGGCACCAAGUACGACGACUUCAGAGGCACCAACCACGACGACCACCCGCGCACCGUCACGUCUUCGCGAAAUCGACGGCAGCCUCAGCAGCUCUGCGUGGGUGUGUGCCCCGCUGCUGCUUGCCGCAUCCGCGCUGGCGUACACCACUGUGGGCUGA